GCUAAGCGUUCUCUCUCUUAUCUCACACUCUCAUCAGUAAUGGAGGAUUGGCUCUUCUAUCUUGUAGCAAUAGCCACAUCCGUAGCUCUAACCCUCCUCAUCUCUUCCCUCCUGAAACCGUCGAGGCCGCGCAAAACCGCCUCCCUCCCCCUCCCGCCGGGGCCGCGGUCUGUCCCCGUCGUCGGCCCGCUCUUCGCGCUCCUCCGCCUCCGCCGCCGGUCGAAUUUCGACGUCGAGCGGCUCCUCCGCGGCCUGUGCAGGCGGCACGGCCCGAUCGUCACCCUCCAGCUGCUGUCCUCCUCCCGCCCGGCCGUCUUCAUCGCCGACCGCGUCCUCGCCCACCGCGCCCUCGUCGCGCGCGGCGCGGAGUUCGCCGACCGCCCCCCGGCCUUCGGCCCCGGCGCAGUCCUCUCCAGCAACCAGCGCAGCAUCAACACCGCCCCCUACGGCCCCGUCUGGCGCGCCCUCCGCCGCAACCUCGCCGCCGAGCUCCUGCACCCCUCGCGCCUCCGCGCCCACUCCCCCGCGCGCCGGUGGGCCCUCGACCUGCUCGUAAGAGAUCUCGGAACCAAAUCUAGCGACGGCGCAGCAGCAGCCGUCGUCGUCAUGGAGAGCUUCCAGUUCGCCAUGUUCUGCCUGCUCGUCCUCAUGUGCUUCGGCGAGCGGCUGCCCGACGAGCAGAUACGCCGGAUCGAGUCCCUGCAGCGGGACCUCCUCUCCAACUUCGUCAGCUUCAGCGUCCUCGCCUUGUAUCCGAAGAUCACCAGGCUGCUCUUCCGGGGCCGGUGGAAGAAGCUCAUGGAAAUUCGGCGGAAGCAGGAGGAGACGUUCGUGCCGCUGAUCGAUGCGCGGAGGAAUAAUCUGCUGCUGCAGCGGCGGCGGCGGUCGGAGGAGGACGGGUUCGUUUAUUCGUACGUCGACUCGCUGGUCGAUCUCGAAAUUCCGGUGGACGGCGGAAGGAAGCUGACGGACGGCGAGAUCGUCAGCCUUUGCUCCGAGUUUCUGAGCGCCGGCACCGACACGACCGCCACCUCGCUGCAGUGGAUCAUGGCCAACCUCGUAAAGCAGCCGGACAUUCAGACGAAACUGUACGAAGAAAUCGAACGUGUGGUCGAGAAGGACGCUGCGGUGCGAGAGGAGGACCUGCAGCGGAUGCCGUAUCUGAAGGCGGUGGUGCUGGAGGGGCUGCGGCGGCACCCGCCGGGGCACUUUGUGCUGCCGCACGCGGUGACGGAGGAGGCGGAAUUCGAGGGGUAUCGGAUUCCGAAGGGUGCGGCGGUGAAUUUCACGGUGGCGGAGAUAGGGUGGGACGGGGCGGUGUGGCAAGAGCCGAUGGAGUUUCGGCCGGAAAGGUUUCUGGAAGGCGGGGAGGGGGAGGGGGUGGACAUAACGGGGGGUCGGGAGAUCAGGAUGAUGCCGUUCGGGGCGGGUCGGAGGAUUUGCCCCGGGAUGGGGCUCGCGCUGCUCCACCUCGAAUACUUUGUUGCGAAUUUGGUGAAAGAGUUCGAGUGGAAGCCGGCGGCGGAGGGGGAGGAGGUCGACAUGACGGAGAAGCUCGAGUUCACCGUGGUCAUGAAGACGCCGCUCCGGGCGAGAAUCUUGCCCAGAAAGAGAACUUGAGCAGAACAACAAAAUAAAAAAUAAAAAAAAAGUCCUUCGUCAAGACAGUAUCAAAAUCAGAAUAUAGUAUGUAAGUAUUUUAGUUAUAAAUGUCUUUUCGUUUUUGCUUUUAAUUUUAGCUAUAGUUAUUGAGGACAGAGCAUCUGACAAUUAUUGCAGCAGUAAUUUGAAAUAAGAUUUAGCUUCUGUUGUUGCAUCAAUGUGAGGUUGUUUGAUGUUUUGAAUAAGAGAAUAAAUCUCUUCCGUGAGAUUCUGGUAAAUAUAUAGAACUUUUUUUGAUGUAAAUGAUGUGAAUAUGUAUCUUAAACAUGGCUUGUGAUUACCUUAUAAUCAUGUUUGUUUUAAGCCUUGA